ACAGCCCUGUGCUUGCAGGGGAAUCCAAGCAGUGCCCGUGGCACCGGGUGCUCCCACCGCCCCGGCAAAGAUGGUGGAAGGAGUGCUGGCCAAACUCUUCCCCAAACGGCUGUCCGCUCGCUUUGCACAGAAAUAUCAGCCCCUGGGGAGCACCGAGCCGGAAGAGGAGAGCCAGGAGUGUGAGCUGAAAGUCAUUGAGCAGGAGAAGGAAGUGACAGUUCUACUACCCAAAGAUGCGUGUAAAUGCCAUAAAGAAGACUUGGCCAAAGCCUUAAAUGUUGAUUUACAGACUGGGCUCUCUGAGUUCUCCGUGCUGCAGCGCAGGUUAAAACAUGGCUGGAAUGAAUUUUCAGUAGAUGCCACAGAGCCUAUAUGGAAGAAAUACCUGGACCAGUUUAAAAAUCCCCUCAUUCUCUUGCUGUUGGCUUCUGCUCUGGUAAGCGUCAUCACUAAGGAAUACGAGGAUGCUGCAAGCAUCACCAUGGCUGUGCUCAUCGUGGUCACCGUGGCCUUCAUCCAGGAGUAUCGUUCUGAAAAGUCUCUGGAAGAACUGAACAAGUUGGUCCCCCCUGAGUGCAACUGCCUGAGGGAAGGAAAACUGCAGCAUCUUCUAGCUCGAGAGCUUGUGCCUGGAGAUAUCAUAUAUCUUUCUGUUGGUGAUAGGGUCCCCGCAGACCUCAGGCUGAUAGAGGUUACAGAUCUGCUGGUGGAUGAAUCCAGUUUUACAGGAGAAGCUGAGCCUUGCAACAAGACUGAUGGUGUGUUACUGGAAGCUGGAGAUAUAACCACACUGAGCAAUGUUGUUUUCAUGGGGACCCUGGUGCGAUAUGGGAAGGGAAAAGGCGUAGUUAUUGGGACAGGUGAAAACUCGCAGUUUGGAGAGGUGUUCAAAAUGAUGCAAGCUGAAGAGACUCCCAAAACGCCUCUCCAAAAAAGCAUGGACAGACUGGGGAAGCAACUCACCCUUUUUUCCUUUGGCAUAAUUGGUUUAAUAAUGCUCAUUGGCUGGUUACAAGGGAAGCAUCUUCUCAGCAUGUUCACCAUUGGAGUUAGCCUGGCAGUGGCUGCCAUCCCAGAGGGCCUUCCCAUCGUGGUCACUGUGACACUGGUGCUGGGUGUUCUUCGUAUGGCCAAGAAAAGAGUGAUUGUGAAGAAGUUGCCCAUUGUAGAAACCUUAGGCUGCUGCAAUGUCAUCUGCUCGGAUAAGACAGGCACUCUGACGGCCAAUGAGAUGACAGUGACUCGGCUCAUGACUUCAGAUGGCUUCCAGGCAGAGGUCAGUGGGGUGGGCUACAGUGGAGAAGGAAAUGUUUAUCUUCUGCCAUCAAAGGAAAUUCUUAAAGAAUUUUCCAAUGUCUCAGUUGGGAAACUAGUGGAGGCUGGCUGUGUGGUCAAUAAUGCCGUUAUCAGGAAAAACAGUGUGAUAGGACAGCCCACGGAAGGAGCUCUCCUUGCUCUUGCAAUGAAGAUGGAAUUAGCUGACAUAAAAGAUAUUUAUGCAAGAAAGAAGGAAAUUCCAUUUAGCUCCGAACAGAAAUGGAUGGCUGUGAAAUGCACACUGAAAAAUCAGGAUCAGGAAGAUAUUUACUUCAUGAAAGGAGCAUUUGAAGAAGUGAUUCGAUAUUGCACUAUGUAUAACAGCAGUGGCAUCUCAUUAAUGCUCACACCUCAACAGAAAGCCUCCUACCAGCAGGAAGAGAAAAGAAUGGGCUCCUCAGGUCUACGGGUACUCGCUUUGGCUUCAGGUUCAGAGCUUGGCAAACUGACCUUUUUGGGUCUGGUUGGAAUAAUUGAUCCCCCCAGGGCUGGAGUGAAGGAAGCUGUGCAAGUCCUUGUUGAGUCCGGUGUCUCAGUAAAGAUGAUAACUGGAGAUGCCCUGGAAACUGCUGUGGCUAUAGGGCAGAAUAUUGGUCUCUGCAAUGGGAAAUUGAAAGCCAUGUCUGGAGAAGAGCUGGAUCAAGUGGCAGAGUCAGAACUCUCCUCCACUGUCAAAAAUAUUUCCAUUUUCUUUAGAACAAGUCCAAAGCAUAAGCUAAAAAUCAUAAAGGCUUUGCAGAGGGCUGGUGCCAUUGUGUCAAUGACAGGAGAUGGUGUUAAUGAUGCUGUGGCUCUUAAAUCUGCCGAUAUUGGGAUUGCCAUGGGGCAGGCGGGUACAGACGUCAGCAAAGAGGCUGCCAACAUGAUCCUUGUGGACGAUGACUUCUCAACAGUAAUGAAUGCAAUAGAAGAGGGAAAAGGAAUAUUUUACAACAUAAAAAACUUUGUCCGGUUCCAGCUGAGCACGAGCAUUUCAGCUUUGAGCCUAAUUACUCUGUCAACAGUGCUCAACCUACCAAAUCCACUCAAUGCUAUGCAGAUCUUAUGGAUCAACAUCAUCAUGGAUGGGCCCCCAGCCCAAAGCUUGGGAGUUGAACCUGUUGAUAGGGAUACAAUCAAACAGCCACCCCGAUGUAUUACGGACACUAUACUCAGCAAAUCACUGAUCCUGAAAAUCUUCAUGUCAGCUCUAAUUAUCAUUAGUGGAACCCUCUUCGUCUUCUGGAAGGAGAAUCCUAAAGGUGGCAUAACCCCCCGGACCACAACCAUGACUUUUACGUGCUUUGUGUUUUUUGACCUCUUCAAUGCUCUGACGUGCCGCUCUCAGACAAAGCUGAUAUUGGAAAUAGGCUUUUUUCGAAACCGCAUGUUCUUGUAUUCUGUGCUCGGGUCAUUUCUGGGACAGCUGGCUGUUAUAUAUGUCCCUCCAUUACAAAAGAUCUUCCAGACAGAGAACUUAGGAGUGCUAGGAUGGCCCUCAGCCCAACACAAAACCCAGCUGCCCACUGUGUUUGCCCAUGCUCUGUUUCCUCUCAACAGACUUGCUCUUUCUUACUGGACUGGCUUCCUCAGUUUUCAUUGUGUCUGAGUUGGUCAAACUCUGUGAAAAACGCUGCUGCCACCAGAAGCACACCAAGGAAUGUAGUAACUGAUGCAAAAGAGAUGCGUGGGGCGGAGCUGUGGCGCUGGGUAACGCAGUGCGCUGGUCUCUAACGAUCACAUCUUUUCUGAAGAGACACCCAAGUGAAGCUGUACCGACAGUUCUUCCCACUCCAGUGUGUUCCUCACUGUAUGUAAGCUAUGCGAGCUGUCUACAGACACCUCUGGAAUGGCUCCUGUUUUAACCCAAGAUCAGGCAUAUUUUUAUAACAUUGAUCUCUGCGUCGAGAAUGCUGAUAGCCUCCAAACAGAGUAACGCAGUUUCACACCUGUACAGAAAAAUCUACUGUGCAGAAAUUGAAGUUUUAUUUAUUUAAAUCACAAUGAUUUUUAUUAAUAAAAUUCUACGUUUUAAAAUGAUGCACAGAAGUAUCUGAACGAGAUUCUUGAUUUAGGCCCAUCUUUUUGUUUUAAAUUAGCUGAGCAGAAAAGAACUGCCUUUGUGAGCACUUAUAUCACCAAUCUAAAGUGUUUCCAGAUUCUGUGAUCCAGCAAGACUCUAAAGGAAUCUGGGGUCCGUUUUCAAACAAAGAGUUGAGAGCUGAAGUGCAGCACUCCAGUCAGCCUCUGCUGAACACAGCAGUGGUUUUUUGUCCCUAUGUAACCAGAAGGAGCAAAGUGGUUGGCUGGGCUGGUGUGCAGCGGUGGAUGGAUUUAAUGGGGAAGGGACUCACUCUCAAGAGCGUGGGAUGUUGAGCUUUGAAGUUGGAUCAACAACUGCAUGAAAGUGAGAGAUGUUUAGAUCAAGCCUGCUGCUCAGAACCAUUUUCUGGAUGCUUACUGAUGUGUAAACACAGAUUGCUCAAUCAAAAACAUUGAGAUUCUUCCAUGCCCAUCUUGAACAGUCCCAAGUGCUGGUUGGGUAAGUAGUGUUUCACUGACAUCUGCUACAAGUGCCAUGGUGUCAGUUUUCUUCCUGCUCCAGCUUAACACUAUAAAGUGAAGAUAAGAGUCUCAGACUUAAACUUGUCAUAAAACACAAUUUUGGAGCUCAAAAUGCUUCAAUUUGUAGCCUAGAAAGAACGAGCUCGACUGACACGUCGUUUAAUUCGAAGAAAGCUCAGCAACUGUAAUAAUUUUUGGUGAAGAACAGCUUUGUGCAAUUCACCCUCCCCUGCUUGCUGUUUUAAAAAUAUCCUCGCAAAUGGUUUUUGUCUUCAAGAAAAAGUCUGCCUCAUCGUGAGGGGGAAAAAGUGAGUUGAGUAGUUUACUUACUGUGUAAUUGCAGAAAUUCAACUAUGUCUCAUUUCUGUAUGCUCUCUGCUUUGGCAGUAUUUAGUAAGUGUUGAUGGGGCCUGAGCAAAGAAUGCUGCGUUUGGUGGGAGUUUGACAAUGUGUUAAAACAGAAGUCAGCAUCGCCACUCUUACAGAACGCAUCAUGCAAUGAGCUGCUGUCUGCACAGCAUUUUCUACCAUACACCAUUUAGAAGUGGCACACUAAAUGCACAGCUGAAUUGCAGGAUGUAUGGCUGGAGUGAUUUCUUGUGCUGUCCUCCCAAGGACAAAUUCAUAUAUACCUUAUUUAAAACAAGUGGGAUCUACAUUAAGGCACAGUUGCAGAUUACAUGGAAUUUCAAAUUUGGUUCUCUGUGGAAAGCAUCAGAGGGAAAGACCCACAUACAAGAAAAUGAAUGAAUGCCACAUGAUCAGAAUCCCAACCUGCAAGUGAUGUUUCAUGCUUCUGUCAUCUUUCUCAUGAUACAGCAAUGCUGAUGAAGUAUGUGGAAAUAAAAUGUGUGGUAGUCUGCUUUACAUGA